AACUCCAUGCUGCUGAUGCUAAUGAUAUUCCUGAACGGAAUUUGGAACUGUCUGAUUCAAAUGUUGAAGAAGCUUCUCCCUCUAAUAUUCCAAUGACUGGACCUAAUUGAUUACGACAUGGCGCUCCUGGGUGGAUUCGAAACACCAGCCUUUCGGUGGAUUGUAAAUAUUUUUGUCAAAUAUUUUUGUCAAAAAUAUUUUAAUUGAUGAGGAAAUCAGACCCAAAAAAAUUUAUGCGUCCUCACAAAAAUUGUCAAUUCAAAAUGCUUUUAAUGAUGCCAGCUAAUGCAGAAUGGAUUUUGGAUGGAUUUUUGGAUGUAUUUUGGAUGGAUGAUUUUUGGAUGGAUUUUGGAUCCAGAGAUUAUUCACAUAUAUCGAUCACGGUUGGAACUCCGUGCUGCUUAUCCUAA